AUGGAUAUCAAAUUAUUGGAUUUUUACAUCGAUCAGCCAAACAGAUCCGGAUUUGAUAUCUAUGCUGUUAAUAGUCUUCGUAAUAUAUUAAGUCGUGUAUUGAUUAUCCAAGUGAUUGAUUUGCUGCCUCUCCCAAAUCCAUAUGGGACCAACCAAGCUGUCGUACUAAUUACCCGUCAAUGCCUUAGUGGCACUGCACCCUACGUUUUCCAACUUCCGUACGAACGAACAAGCAAUUCCGUGGGGCCACCUCCCCUUCGAGAGUCUCUCGCGCAGGUCUACUCUGAAGAGAGAAUUCAGAUUUUGCCACACUCUCUCGGCGUCGGGAUAAUUGUACGAACGAUUGAACGAACAAGUAACUCCGUGGGCCCACAUCCCCGUGGAGAGUCUCUCGCGCAGGUCUAUUCUGAAGAAAGAAUUAAGAUUUUGCCCCUCUCUCCCGGCAAACACACACUUGGUCUCGGUUUCUCCACCGAAAUUCCAGGUGAAUUUCCUCCUUGCCUUGGAAAGAAAAACUAG